UCGAAGUCAACAGCUCGAGCUGUAGUCACUGUUUACAGUGAUAAAAAUGAGCCAACAAAAGAGAUUUUGCCAAUCCCUGCCAUUUUCAAGGCACCAAUUCGCGUGGAUAUGGUAAAUGAUGUUCACCAACAAAUGGCUAAGAACAAGCGUCAACCUUACGCUGUAUCUAAAGAAGCUGGUCAUCAAACAUCUGCUGAAUCCUGGGGUACAGGACGUGCCGUGGCACGUAUUCCCCGUGUCCGCGGUGGUGGUACUCACCGUUCUGGUCAGGGAGCUUUUGGUAACAUGUGUCGCGGAGGACGUAUGUUUGCUCCAACUAAAACUUACCGUCGCUGGCACCGUCACAUCAACGUCAACCAGAGACGUUAUGCUAUUGUAUCAGCCAUCGCCGCGUCAGGAGUACCUGCGUUAGUUACGUCAAAAGGACAUUUGAUUGGGGAAGUCCCAGAGUUCCCAUUGGUUGUAUCCGAGAAAAUUGAAGAAUACAACAAGACGAAACAAGCCGUCAUUUUCUUGCGUCGCAUCAAGGCCUGGAAUGAUGUCCAAAAGGUCUACAAGUCCCAACGUUUCCGUGCCGGUAAAGGUAAGAUGCGUAACCGUCGUCGCAUCCAACGUCGUGGACCAUUGAUCGUUUACGGUCAUGAUAAGGGAAUCCGCAAAGCGUUCCGUAACAUUCCCGGAGUUGACUUGAUGAACGUCAACAAGAUGAAUCUGUUGAAACUUGCACCAGGUGGUCAUGUUGGUCGUUUUGUCAUCUGGACUAAAUCUGCAUUUGAGAAGCUUGACGCUUUAUACGGUACAUGGCGCAAAGAAUCCAAAUUGAAGAAGGAUUACAAUUUACCAUCACCCAAAAUGGCUAACACAGACUUGUCAAGAAUUUUAAAGUCUGAAGAAAUCCGUAAAGUUUUACGUGCUCCAAGGAAGAAGGUUAUUCGUCGGGUCAAGAAAUUGAACCCAUUGAAGAACACCCGCGCGAUGCUGAAGUUGAAUCCUUACGCUGCGGUUACGAAGCGAGUAGCAAUUUUGACUGCUGGACAGCGUCUGCUCACGAGUGACGAACUCUCUGAGAAAAGUAAAACUACCAAGAGCCUGUUGAUGCGCCGUAAGAAGCAAAUUCUUGCUGUGAAAGCUGCCAAGCCGAAGGUAGCGAAACCAAAAGUAGCCAAGGCACCGAAAAAAGCCCCAGCGACUGAAAAGAAAUCCACCGCAGCGACUAAAGCAGUUAAGGUUGAAAAAGUACCAGCCAAGAAGUAA